UAUACAGGGAGCCUUUACCAGAGCCAUGUGAACCAUUUUGUUCCAUCCAUGAUUGUCAAGACACUCUGCAAUACAGACAUGUGACACAAGACCCAUUUGUCAUCGUGUCCAUCCGGACAUUUUCUUCUCAGGUUCACACUCUGCUGCUAAUGCACAAUGGAAAGAUACCACUAAUCAGUUUUAUGGUUUGUUAUUCUGCUGAAUUCUCAACAUUAACAGAGGACUUUGAAAAUGGAGUACCUUUGGAACACUUGUUGACCUGUAUCCAAGGUGUACGAGUAGGAGUGAGUCGAGACGGCUUCAAAACUGUGUGUUGGGAACAGAGUAAACCACAGCCAGAAACUGGAAGCAGAAGCAGCACUCCUUUGCUACCUCCACAGUUAUUCCAGUUUAGUAAGGAGGCAGUUGAGCUUCUCAAACACACUCCAAGAUGCAGACUGGCCUUCUCAAAGUUCAUUCCCAGCUACCAUCAUCACUUUGGUCGUCAGUGCCGUGUAGCAGACUAUGGCUUUCUUAAGCUCAUAGAACUUUUUGAUGCAAUAUCACACGUGAUGCAGGUACUUGGGAUGACUGAGAAUAAACUACUGACCCUGACCCACCGUACACAGAUCAAACGAUUCUCACAAGACUUACUUAAAGUGCUCAAGUCACAAGCCAGCAGACAGAUGACACUUCAGGAAUUUCCAUCAGCCUACCUUAGAUGCUUUAAUAAACCUUGGAAAGUCACAGAUUAUGGUGUUUGCGACCUUCAAGAUCUACUGACUGAGGUCCCGGAAACAAUGGCCAUGAUAAACUGGAAUGGAGAUGAUACACUGAUCUUCAUACCAAAGCGGGAGCAAAGUAGAGAAGAGCUGAUUCGUAUGCGCAAGUUCAGUAGGGAAGUAGUGGACCUCCUUUCCAGUCAGCCUCGCUACCGCAUUCUCUUCUCAAAGUUCAUCCCAACUUAUCACCAUCACUUUGGACGUCAGUGUCGAGUUGGUGACUAUGGCUUUAAUAAACUUCUAGAAUUGUUUGAGGCAAUGGAGGAUGUUAUUCAGGUAUGUAGACUAAACCUUUUCAACAUAUUAGUAAUAAUUUACACAAAAGGUCAAUACAAUAGAUAUUGCUGUUAACUAUGCGGAAUCUUAUAGACUCUGUGCAUGAACAGCAGAUGGUGCUUUGUAACCACUUUCCAGAGUUCCAGUGGGAGGAACGCACCGCAUGCGUG